CUGCACUACGGGACCCUCCUGGGCAGCAGAGCUUGUGUCCACAUGGCAGCAGCUGCCUGGGCCAGUGCCUUUCUCAAUGCUCUGUUGCAUACGGCCAAUACAUUUUCCCUGCCCCUGUGCCAUGGCAAUGCCCUGGGCCAGUUCUUCUGUGAAAUCCCCCAGAUCCUCAAGUUCUCCUGCUCAUACUCUAAUCUCACAGAACGUGGUCUUCUUGCUGUUACUGUCUUUUUGGUAUUUGGCUGUUUUGUGUUCAUUGUUUUCUCCUAUGUGCAGAUCUUCAGGGCUGUGCUGAGGAUCCCCUCUGAGCAGGGACGGCACAAAGCCUUUUCCACCUGCCUCCCUCACCUGGCCGUGCUCUCCCUGUUCCUCAGCACUGGCACAUUUUCUGACCUGAAGCCCCCCUCCAUGUCCUCCCCAUCCCUGGAUCUGGCCCUGUCAGUUCUGUACUCAGUGGUGCCUCCACCGUGCCUGAAGAGGACAUCAGGACUGGGAUGGCCACCCACACUGGACCUCCAGGACAGCUGGCUAUCAGGACCAGAGAAGUUCGGCUUGGGACCAGUGACGCAGAGGAGCGCUGGACUGGCGAGAAAUAUCUGGUGGCGGGAGUAG